AUGAGGGGGGAGGGGGAUGGGAGUGAAGAGGGGGAUUUUAGGGGGUUGAGGGGAGUUUUGGGGGGAUUUGAAGGGGUUUAUGGGGGUGAGGUAGGACUGAAUAGGAUAGUUUUAGGGUUUUGGGGGUUGAAGAGGAUUUUUUGGGGUCAAGCUGGAAUUUGAGUGGUUUGAGGUUUGCUUAUAGCUGAGAUUCUAGUUUUUCUGGGAUAUAUUUUGAUGAGAGUCAGUGCAAGUGAUUUUGGUAGUGGAAAUUCGGAAUGGUGGAAUAAUGAUAUUAUCAUGGAUAACAAUUUUGAUAAGACUAACUUAUGGGAUACUAUCAUUAACGAAGCUCCAGCUCUUACUGCGAGUUAUAGUAAACGGAGAAAGUUAGUUACUUGCUCUUCUUUUACUAAUUGCACUUCAUGUAAUGCAGAAGAUUUAUGAAAAUAUUCGUCUGGUAGUUGAAUUGAUAACCCUUCUGGAAGUAAAACUCAGCAGGAAUAUGCAGUGUGCCAGGAUACCACUUUAUCCAAUCGAUAUUGAAAAGACUACACUGGGACAACUAGGAAUCUUGUCCCAAAUAGCGAGAUUGAUGUUAUGCAUAUUGCUUCUGGAGGCACUAUUGCACCAGGAGUCUACUGUGAAUGGAAGAUGACAAUGGAAGACAACAUUCCCGUACAAUUUCUAGUCUCAUGGACUAGCGAAGCGAACCAAGAAGUGUUUAUUGAUGUCACUAUGACUGGUGGAGACACCACUCUGGUUGAUAAUGAGAGGAUUAAAAGAUUAAGAUAUAACUUUGAGGCGCAUAAUACAGUGGCAGUAACAAUAGCUACAAUUCAGAAAACCUCGUCUUCUUCAUCAAGUUAUACAGUUAAAGUUCAGAAUCCGAGCAAUCAGAUUUCUGGAUUUCUAAUAGCUCUAUUGAUAGCCUUACUAGCUGUAUGUAUCACUCUUGUUUUUUGUACUUUUCUAGUGGUCGUAUGGACUGCCUGUACUAGAAGAAACCGCAAUAUUCGUACAGUGAACUUGAGGAACAGAAAUUUAAGAAGGGCUGAAAAAGAGAAGAGAGUGAUCGAAAUCCUCCAUGAAAAUCCAAUAAUGCUUUACAAGGAUAUUAAAGUGGAUUACGAUCAAACUGCAUGAGUUGUAUGACUCGAGGAUUUCAAUAAUGAAUCUGAUUGAGAAAUCAGAGUAAUGCCUAAGUGUCAUCAUAUUUUCCAUUCCAAAUGUGUAGAAGAAUGGUUCGAAAACUCCACCGACGUUAACUGCCCUCAUUGCAAUAUAAAGAUGUUGACAAAAGCUGAAUUAGCUAUAGAAGAUCCAAAAAUUAAGAAUGAUGAUGAUCAAGUAGAGCUUGAAAACAGAAAUACACAAAAUCUUCAGCAAAUGCAAAGCCCAGAGAGACAAAUGGUUGCCACUCAAAGAACUCAAGGAACUCCACAGUUACCUCAUGAGGAGUCUAAGAAUCAGAUGUUACCUUUGCAUAUUGAGAUUAAUCAGGUUGAAUCAUCACAUCCCUCUAUAAUCCCACUAAACAACUCCCUUGUGAACCCUGAAGAUCCUGUGCCUCGCUCUACAUCGACUCCAGUUGAGUCUUUCCGAGCAAAUUCUUAGGCUGCGUUUAAUUAAUUUUGUUCAGGCUGGAUAUAUGAGAUUUCA